CGGUGAUGUUUGGCCAACAAGCUCCUUUCUGCAGUUCCUCUGUGUUUGACAGAAGUAAACCGCGGAGUCAUGAGUGAGUUCCUGGGUCGGCAGGACUGUAUCGAAAGUCUCCGCAGAGACCUGGUGGACCUACAAGGAGCGACCCUGGACGUCUUCUCCAGAACCGGACCGGUCCGGUGUCCGUCCUGGAAGUUUCCUGAUAAACUCUCCUGUAAUCUGGACAUGGUGGCUCUGCUGGAUCAGUAUGAUUAUACAGACGGAGAUGAGGCUUUCAGUCAGCACUCACACAUAAUCUUACUGGAGCUCGUCAUUGACAGGUAACACCAGAGUUAGGUUAUUAUUUCAUAUUAAAUAUUCUCACUAAGACUCUGAGUGGACUUUUAUUUUCUUUCUGCUCUUCCCAAACAAGACUGCUGCUUCUUCUGCAGAGCUUCAAUGCUUUUGUGGAGCUGUUGAGGUGUGGCACCAGGAGAGAACAGCCUGAUGGAUGUCAGUCAGUUGGUCUUGUGGUCAGAAACUAUUGGAGAGAUUUGGUUGAAUUUGUCAAAUGUCAAAACUCGAUGGUAAGAAAACGAUUAUACGGGGGCCGAGAACUGCCACUGCUGCAAAUAAAAACUACAGAACGGAAGUUUCUGAUCUGCUGAUCUGUUUAAUGCUUUCUCUCUCUCUCUCUCUCUCUCUCUCUCUUAUAUCAGGGCACAUUAAGAUACAACCCAGAGCAGACAAAGACCAAAGAGACAUCUGACAGCAAACAGACAUUGUCUCCUGUCUCCCAUCAGAUCAGCCAAAGGAGUGACCUUUGCAGACGAUGUUUAUCUGCAGGUUCUUCACCGAGUUCCUUCAACCCCUCACUCAGUGUUCAUGUAAACUGCCCGACAGCUGAAGCAUCUUCUCAUCCCUGCGACACAUGCUGUGAAGUUCAGUCCAUCCUGAGAAGAACCGGACAAGCUUUUGUAGAUUUGUUACAGAGUGAGGGUCUGCCCUCGUCUCUGCAGCCCCUCCUGGUAUCUGUGGAGGACACUCUUGGACAGAUGACCGCGGCAGACAUCACCCAGUGGGCCAAUGAGCAGCUCAGAGACAUGCGCCGUCUGGGGAAGCAUCUCCAGGAUGUGAGGAGUACGGUGCAGCCUCUGACAGAUAAACUAGACGCAGCACAAACACAGCGAGAUAAAUUCAGGUCUCAGCUGGACAGAGUGCAGAAGGAGUUCAAACAAGAGACUGAAAAACACCAGGCCAACAUCGUCCAGCUGGAGUUUUCCCUGCGGAAAACACAGAGGUCCCUGAAGGAAACAGAGCAGAGGCUGCAGGAGGAGCGAGAACAGCUGAAGAGAGGUGAGAAAAUACACAAAUGAAGAUGAUCUGAAAGCACCGACAAACCGUUUAACUCUGUUCUCAUGUUUUUACAACAGAAACUCUCCGUCUGAAGGAUGAUAACUCCGGCCUGAGAGAGAAAGUAACAGAACAGCAAAACACAAUUCAAGCACAAGGUGAGGACGCACAACACUUUUUAUAAUAUUCACAUUUUUCAGAUUUGCAUGAAAUAUGCGUGAAAAAAAUACACAGCUGUUUGUCUUUCAGUUAUACUCAUGAAAUGUGUUGAGAACAGCCCUGUUUUAUCUGAUUUCACUCUGUAACAGAAAGAGAAAAGACUGCGCUGCAGGAAGAAGUCCGCACCCUGCAGGUGGACAGAGAGGUUUGUUGUGAACUUCGGCAGAGGGUCCAGCAGUUAGAGAGUCAGAUCCAGGAAACUCAACUUCAGCUCCACAAAGAAAAUGCAAAGUACUACAGCGCCUGUCGUCAGCAAGAGGUCAGUGUUGCCACAUGAUCGUUUUCACCAAACAGAAGUUAAAGUUCAGGGUUGAGCAGUUUUGUUAUUUUUGUUGUGUUUGGUUUUGUAGUCGAUGCAGGCAAAGCAAACAUCUUUGUUAAAGAGAGUCGACACUCUGGAUGAGGAGUGUGAGGAGCUGCAGAGACAGUUAGGAGAAAGAGAGGAGUCACAGAUCAGCCUCAACGAUCGGCUACGACAGAUGUCAGAGGAGAAGGAGCAGGUGGAGGCCCGGCUCACUCAGCAGCAGGUAAACUGGAGGUGUUUCAAAGUUCAUAUCCCUCUGUCAAUAUUGUAAAAACUUCAGAGACUGAUGCUGUGAAGCUUUUCUCCUCCAGGAGUUGUGUUUACAGCUGAGAAAGGAGAAGAAGAGCGUAGAAACACAUGUAGGCGAGCUGCAGAGGAGUGUGGCUGAGAUGGAGGAGUACGUUCAGGUUUUAAAGGAGAGAGAGAGACUGUUGGUGGCGUUCCCUGAGCUCAGCCCUCUGGCUCGAAGCCAACCUCAGAGUAAGAGAUCAUUUUGUAUUUUACUGUCUGAUCUACACUCAGACUGUUUACACUCCCCUACAGAGAACCUGUUAUAGACCGAACACAGAACCACAUCGUAAAGAUAAAUACUGACGCUAUCCUGUUGUUAAAGUGCUCAACUGUUUAUUUUGUCUUCUAAAGGUACAGGAAAUGUACUCUUGGAUAUGAAGCAACAACUGAAGGCAAACGACAUCCGUGUAAAAAUUCUGGAGCAAGAAAACACGACUCUGCAGACCAGCCUGAUGAAACUGACGGAGAGGGUCCAAACUAACGGAGUCAGGGUGGGUGUGGAGGAGGGUUGAGGAUGUAAACACUCGGCUUCCACAUACUUACGGUUAACUUUAGUGUAUAUUGGUAUAUAGUAACAGCCUUUAAUGGGAUUUAGAAAGCUGUCUUAAAGAAUCAGAAUCAGAAAUACUUCAAUAAUCCUCAGGGGGAAUUUACUUUUUGUUUCAGUAACUCCAGAGCAAAUAAAGUAGAAAGAGGAGAUCAAUAAUAGAUGAAAAUAAGUAGUAAUAAAGAGAUAAUAUACACGUAUGUACACUAUAUACAACACAAAAUAGUAAAAUAGUAUGCAUGUAAACUGUGAGCAGAGUCCAGGUAAAGACUAUUGACUGAGGGAGGAGUUAAAAAGUCUGAUGACCAACGGCAGGGAAGAUUUCCCGUGGCGCUCCGUGGUUCAUCAUGGAGGGAGGAGUCUUCUGCUGAAGGUGCUCCUCUCUCUGUAGGACCAGUUCACUGUGGAGAGGGUGAGAGACAUGGUCCAGUAUGGAGUGGAGCUCGGACAGCAGGGGGUCCAGCUCCACCCCCACAACAUCACCUGAUCCUUUCUGAUCAGUUUAUUGAGUCUGUUGGAGUCAGAGACCCUCAGCCCGCUGCCCCAGCACGCAGCAGCGAAGAAGAUCGCACCGACCACAACAGACUCAUAAAAAAUCCUCAUCAUCGUCCUGCAGAUGUUGAAGGAGCUCAGCCAUUACAAUAAUCCAAACGAGAGGAGGUGAAAGCAUCAGCACCUCUGUGCUGGCCUGGGAGAGAAACAGGUGGACUCUGGUGAUAUUCUCAAGGAGCAAUGUUUCUAACGUGGGGAAUAAAAAUGAGCUCAGAGUCGAAAAUCACACCCAGGUUUUUUUUUUCUACAGAUGUUGAUUCUUUAAAAUCUUGUAGUUUUUGUAAAAGCGUCUCUCUCAGGCCUUCAGGACCAAUAACUAAAACCUCUGUUUUGUCCUGGUUGAGCUGCAGGAAAACGUCUAAAAUGCGGUUUAAAAGGACAUCAAUCGGCCCGCUAUCAUCAGGAGACACAGACAUGUUCAGUUGUGUAUCAUCAGCAUAGCUGUGGAAGUUGAUGUCGUGCCUCCUGAUGAUGUCCCCCAGGGGAAACAUGUAAAGAUUAAAAAGAGUUGGACCUAAAAUUGACCCCUGGGGAACCCCAGACAUGAUUUUAUGUAGACGGCCUCAGUAUUCCUGGUCCAGUUUACGGUUUAUUGUUUUUUCUUUGCUCUAAUCGACCAUUUCUACCUACAGGAGGCCUCACCUGAGCAGGUACGGAGCCUCUCUGAUUACAGCACACCAGAGCAAAAACUACAAACUCAUCAGACGCUGAUGUUGUAAGUUGAAUUAUGAAACUGGAUAUUUGUCUGUAAAUGAAACACAGAAGCUUUAAAGAGCAGUUAUCAGCUGAUUGACCCUGCAGCGUUGAGUUAGAUAAGAUUGUCAGAACAGGAAGUCCCUACAAGGAUCUCUGACGUGUUUCCAUCUUGAUUCUUUGUUCUCCAGGCAGAGCAGCGGAGCAGCACGGCUGGGAUGCAGUAACAGAUGGAGGGAAGAGAGCCGAGGGGAAAGCGGUCAGGACUCAGCUGGGUCGGGUGAUCAGGUGUCCACCACGGCUGCUGUUUCCCCCUCAUCCCUGCAGCUCCACCUCCAGACCCUCCACCUUCACACAGAUACCAACAACGCUGCUGCUGCUAAAAGCUGCACAAAAAAAACACGCAGCAGAUUUAUCCUCUCUCACUCCAGGAGCUCAAACCAGAGAAAAUAAAACUAAGAGAGACAAGGAACAAAAUGUCAUCAGGUG